UAUGUAGCUGAGAUCGUGAUGAUACGACCUAAGUAAACUUAUAAUGCCUUUAGAAUAAACUGAAGUAUAAAGGUUUAUACAAAAAAAAGGACAGUUGCCAAGUAGAAUACAAUGAAAGAUCCAGCGUGCAAAAAAGUGGAGAGAAAUGAAUUUGGACAUGGUGCUCUUCACAAAGCUGUUAUUCUCAACAAUACAGAAGAAAUAACAAGGCUAAUAGCUGAUGGCUAUGAUGAAACGAUUAUUGAUUCGUCAGGCUUCACAGCCACUGAAUUGGCUAUCAUACUGGAAAAAGAAUGGCUCUUACCGUACUUGGAUGGUUCUAUAUACCAUGACGAGGAGAUCGUGUGCAGAAAUUUUUCAAAUAGACGCGCAGCAAUCAAGGAAAAGUUAAAGAAGAGGCGGUCAUCAGUACCUAAACAACGGAAAAAGAGUUGGAACUUCAAUAUUGCUAACAAACAAUGUCAAGUAAAAAAGAUAUCAUUUUCUAAUAAACGCGACAUUCCAUCCUUAAAUACCAAUCAAAAUAGCAGCUCAAACAAACCCUCUUUAAAUCAUGACACAACUAAUCUAACUUCCUAUGCACCUGAGCAUAUAUCGACCAAUCAUGUUGUGGAGCUAAAUUCUUCCCCAGAAACUAGGGACCUUAAAGAAGGGCUGGAAGAAUUAAAUGCAAACAAAGUAGUUAAACAUCCCUCAUUGAGCUACAGUCAGAUGGAAGACUUCUUGUGUCUUUCAAAAUCAGAAAAUUAUAACACGUACUUCGAAAACAUUUCGGGUGAGAAUAAUGAAUAUCUUAAAGAAGACGAAAAUGAUAGUAUGCUACAAAGCUGUAGUAGCAAUGAAAAUCAUCUUGUAUGUGGAAAUCAUUCAUCUGACAUUACGAAUCCAAAACAAAACAAAGCGUUAGCAGUAACAGCUAGUAAUGGCAGUAAGAACGACAUCGUGCCACCGUUACUUCUGCCGUUAGCAACCAAUGUUAGUUAUAGCAACAAUCCAGACAUGUAUUCAGAUUCAGGUUUUUCGACGUUAAGAAGCUCUGACGGCGAUAUCAACAACAAUACGAUGACAAUAAAUGAUUAUGCUAAUAUGUCGGAAACUUAUGAGAAUACACGGAAAGAAAUUGAUGACGAUAAAACAGAUGAUUAUUUUAUUCAUUCAUACGGCAUUGAGCAAUGGAUUGUGAACAAAGGAAGUUAUGUUGAUCUAAACUUCAAUGAAGAGUUUGAAGAGAGAGUUAUGGCAGAGGAAAUAGCAAAGUUAAAAGAUUCUACACAUAUUGUCCAUCUCCUAAGAGACAAUCCACAGAGCGCAGAACAAUACAUAAAAACAACAAACGCUGACAACAAUAAAGUUGGUUAUAUAAACAUUGCCUGCAGCGAGGCGGAUUGUUUUUAUUCUAAAGAUCAUUCACAAAUACAUGCAAUUCAUGAGAAGUGUCAAUCCCAUAACAUAAACAAAGACAGAGAUUAUUGUGAUGGUUUCGUUAAACCAUUUUUGAAUGAGAAACACUUGAGAAGAUACACAAAUAAAGAGAAGCAUAGCUGUGUUUUAGAAGUAUCUGCGACCACGAGAUUCGAUAAAGAGUUUAAAGACGACGAAGACAUUAAAGACCUUUUCAGUUGUGAGAAUCUAAGUGAUAACAAAAUUUUUAAUUUCAGUAUAUUAUUUGAUUUAAAACGUGCGCAUUCGUGGCCAUUGAUUAACAUGGAGAAUUCAUUUGUGGAGAUGAACGAAAAGAUUGAUCAAACAAAUCAAGAAGACUGGGAAGUUUGGGAUGUUGAAGGCGAUGAGAAAGUCGACGAGAACUUAAGCAAUGAAAAUAUAACGGAAAAAUCGUUACGUUUUAACACAUCCAUUAACACAACAAAUGAACUUAACAGUACAAAUCAAGAUGAGGUUGCUUACACAUAUACAGCACCUUCACCUAAAAAUACUUCAAAUAAUAACACAUUUAACGGUAACCUAACUGUUCCUUUAACUCAACCAAAAGCAAGAUCGCAGUCUACAAGUAAUAAUUUAAAACCACACCGAAGUAAAUCCAGCGAAGAUACGAGGGGCCUUAGUAGUAGUUUCACUCUGGGAGUGCCAGAUAUGAAAAAAUCCCGAUCUUCCACAGCGAUUCCAAACGGAGAAAGCAAAACCGACUCUAAAGGGUUUAGUAAAAGCGUCCAAUACGAACCGCAGAAAGAAAAGAAAAGGAGAAGCUUUCUUUCUUUGUUUGGGAUGAAAAAAUCAACAUCAUCAUCCGAAAUUUCAAAAUUAAACCGUAGUAGAAAUAGCAGUACAUCGUCUGAUGAUCCACGUGGUUUUAACAGAUCUAUUGACCCAAAUAGUGGCGAAGAAAAGCAUACCUUAAUUGUACCCACACUGAAGCGUUCUGAGUCAUCAUCAUCAAUAACAUCAAACGGUAACGAGUGCAUAAACCAAGAUGGUCUUGGAUUUUCAAGCAGCAUGAAAUUAAACAGCACCAGUGGCUCAAACACCAGCGUCCACAAGUUAUCAUUAGGUGAACUAAACGCAGCACGACCAGACAGUGGAUAUUUUUCUCCUGAUGAACUGAAGAAGACAUCCACACCAAAGAAAAACUCUAAAAUGUCUUAUAGUAUCACCUUUACUCCAGAGACCUCCAUUGAACAAAAAAAUAAUAAUUCAACAAGUAAUACUUCAACUCCAUUUUUUCCACUGCAGGUACCAUUAUUACCUUUGCUAGGAGUGGGACUUGGCGAGGAACAACCCACACAUGAUGCAUUGCACAAUGUUCUUUCGCCACACACCGUUAAAGAACAUGGCUUUUUUUCCUUAGGAGGGAAUCAAAUAAUUGAUGUCGAUACAAAAAAAACAUCAAGUGAUAAUUCAGUUGAAAAAAACUCUAACGUUAACUCUAAGACAGAAUCCAAUAUGGACAACGUUUCUUCAGAUCAAGGUAAGGAUACCAGUGAAGACAAUUCCCCUUCAGUCACAAUCGAGGUGCAAGAUACCAUCGAGGACACAUCACACUUUUCUGAUAACGAUGAAGAUUUCAAAGAAGCAGCAAAGCCACGUGGUAUCAUCCCAGUCAAACUUAGGGAUGACGAGGAAUUCUGUGAAGUGUUAGAUACUGACUACGAUUACCCAAAUCAUUCCACACCAAAUAAAGACCUGGUUUCUACUGACUCAACAAAAACCAGAAUCGAAGCUGAUGAUUCAAAUAUAAUGUCUACGCCAACUACAGAUAAACACACUGCACAUGAAGACAGCCAAGAUGGCAAGGAAGUUCCUGCUGUUCGUCAGUUAAUUCUCGACGAUGAUGGUUUUUUCACACCAGGUUUUCAACAAGGUUCUGCAAAUGGUCAACUUCCAAAAUAUGAAGAUUUGUAUGCUGUAACAGAUUCUCCUAAUGACAAGGAGUCUAGUGCUUCUGUAGUUCAGCAGAAUAUCAUACACAGUGAAGUUUCUGAUGAGCUCAAUAGUGAAAAUACUACUGGUGUAUUUCCAGUAUUUGAACAUACAAAUCAGGUCGACGAUAGUACUGCCGAGGAAAGCGUGAAAUCCUCAGGCAGUGACGAUGAAGAUAACAAUAAACCCUCCUUCGUAGAAGAUGCAUUUGAGUUUGAUAGUUCUCACCUUGAAGAUAGCAUGGCAUCAUUUGAGAAACACGAGGAAGAGUAUAGUCGAAAUAACCAAAUGCCUCGAUGGAAAGAGGAAUUAAGCGCGGAUGAGGAAGAUGAUAAUCUUUAUCGAGAUUAUAAUGAUGAACAUGUUGAACGAAAAUUAACGAUGGAACUGUUAAACUACAUGCCUCCCAUUAUUGAGCGCUCUGUAGAAUUGCACGAAGUUAUUCAGGAGGAAAAAGUGGAGCAAUCAGUUUCAGAUGAAGGUAUAGACCAGACCGAUCUUCAACGUGUUAUUAUUUCAUCUCAAGAACAUUCAAACAAAAAGAACACGGAAGACCCAUUAGAUGAUUUUGUGAAUAUUAUCAUCGAAGAAAAAGAAGAAGAGCUACAAGGGGAAGACAGUGUGCAUUCUUUUGACAAAGCUUCAGUAAAAGAUGAACAAGAAAAAGUGCACGAGAUAUACAUAAAACAUGGUGACGAUGCAAUCGUAAACAACGUCCCAACGCCAGCAGAAAAAUCAAGCCUCGAUGAUCCAGGAAAAAAAAUAGUAAAGGAAUCAGAGACAUCGAAGCCCCAUAACACAAUAGUUUUUGAGUUUAGUUUACCCCAAGAAGAUUCAACAGCCCCCUUAGCCACUACAACAAAGGUCGAAGACAAACCUGUAGAAACUGCACGUUUAAUUCAUGACGACACAACAGUCAGUAGCACUCGACCCAUCACUCCACCUAUAGAAGACGGCGAGGAAAAAACAACAUCCAAAAAGCGAGACGAAGCAGAACCUAUGUAUUUUUCUAAUGAAUUUAAACCAAUAACCAACGAAAUACGUUCAUACGAAAAAAAAUCGGAUUGCUUAAAAAAUUUCGAUGAAAACAGUAGUACUUAUCCAGUGUUAGAACAAAAGAAGUGUCUUUGGUAUGACUACGAACUUGAUGGCGAGUUUACAAACAAAAAUGAGCGCUCAAAAUCGCCAGCCGUUCUUAAUGAAGCUGAAACAGUGAGUCCAGUAAUUUCACGAAAAGGUAAAUCUGUUUUACGUAAAAAGAAACUAACCAGAGACCCUUCAUUACAAUGGGAUGGGUUGGUCGAGCAGUACAAUGAUUUAGAUUCAUUUGACGAUGAAGAAAAAUUGAAUGUUAUUGUUGAUUUUGAAUUAGAUGAGGACCAAAUCGAUGAAGAGAAAGACGAGAACAGUUUCAGAUUGGAUGCACAGAAAAGAAAUGAUAGCUACUUGAAGUUAACACCGGAUAUCGAUGAAUUAUGCAGUGACGAGGAAAAAGAAAUGGAAAACGAGUUUGACGUGAAUACAAACAAGGCUAAACCAGCAACAAGUGAGGACGAGAAAAAUAUUAAUGAAGAAAUCAUUGCCACGGUUAUCAAUAAUACUGAGGAAGAAAAAACUUGUGAUGAAAACAAGGUUAAUGAAUAUGAGGCUGAUGAAAACGAGACUAAAUACACCAUAGAAGUAACCAAAGAAAAUAAAAAUGAUGACAAAAAAAUGAGAGAUGAAUAUGACAGUGACGGUAACGAGGAAGAAGAAUUCGACAAUGAUUAUGUCAUAAGAGAAAUUAAAGAGUCCGACACAGAAAAUGAAAAUGUUAAUGUAAAUGAUGAGGAAAAAUAUUCGCUUGAGAUUGACAGUGAUGAAGAAAAUGUGGUUAGGGAUAGCGAAGAAGACGAUGACGAUUUUGUUAACAUUGAGUACGAGAUAAAAGAGGCCAACGAAGAAAAUGAUGAAGUGAAAUGUAAGAUUGACAAUCAAGGUGUAGAGCCGACGAAAGAAAGUAAUGAGGAAUGUGAUCACAAUGAUGAAAAAGUUGAUAAUCUUGAUGAAAUAAAAUAUCUUGUUGCAGCUUUAGAUGAACACUAUAAGCUGAUAUCGUCCGAUACGAUAAACGAAAACGUGAAAAAGCUGAAACGCCGUGCAAAGAAAAAGAGAGCGUUAAAACGAAUAAAAUCAGACGAACCAAUUUUGUAUAAACGUAUUGAUUGCGAUGCAGUUGACUGCAACGUUUUACCUGUAAGCGAUGCUGAGAAUAAAAGAACUCGUGACGACAAAAUUAGGGUUGAAGAAGAAGAAAUCGAAGAAGACAAACUUGAAUUUGAUCUUUACGAAAUGGAUCUAACAAUACUGCUAAAUGACUCAUUCGAUGCUGAAUACAGUGGUGAUGUACCAGACCAGGAGUUAUCUAUAUCAAAGAAAAUAUACUCAAGAAAGAAGAAACGCUUGCAAGUGCAGCGAACAGAGGAUUUUACAGUGAUAUCAGACGACGAAUGUUCGAUACUGGAAGAUUACACUUCACCACGUUCUUCAACCAUACCUGUAAAAGAUAUCGAAGUUGGCAAUAAUGCUGAAAAGAAAAAGCCCUUGCUAUCAGAAGAUUACACGGUGAUAUCGUUCGAUGAGAGAGGAGAAAAAAAAGAUCAAGCUCCAAAAAAAGACGACCAAGAUGACGAAAGUUUGAGCGAAACAUUUGGUGCAGAUUUCAAUUUGACGAGUUCGCUUAACGAUCGAGCCACCACUCCAGUUUCUUUCAGUAGAGGUGUUAGGAGGCCUGGUUCGCUUCAUGGACGUGUAUCAUCGCCGAAACUAUUUUCCAAAGCUUUAAGCGCUGAUGAAGGCACCUUGAAAAACAUUGAAAUGAGAGACGCAAAAGAUAUUAAGUCAAAGAGCCGACCAAGCGAUGUCAAAAGACACAGCUUGCCAAUCAUGUUGAAAUCCAAUGAAGAAUUGCGAAACGAUAGGAUCUCUACCGACGAUGAAGACGAGCCAAGCUUGAGUGAGAAGUACGGACAAGAGUUUAACUUAACAAGCUCUUACAACGAAAGAUCAAAUACUCCAGUUUCAUCCAACAAAGGCGUUUCAAGGUCUGGUUCGUUCAGCGAACGAGGGGCGUCACCAAAUAUAUUCUCUAAAAAACAAACAAGCGAGGAUGACAAUGUGAAAACGAUCGAAUUAAAAGAUGCCAAGGAACUUAUCACCAAAAGCAACCUAUUUGAUACUAGCAGAGGCGGUUCACCAGCGCAUAUUUCAACUGGUAAAAAUCUGGAAAGAGAAGAUGCAAUUGAGAUCAAUGACGAUGAUGCGGAUUCAGGUAUGGGUUUGGCAAGUGACGAUUUCAGUUUAUCCGUAUCUACAGAACGUCUAAAUGUUCCGGAGGAACCAGCAGAAGACAAAUUUGACUAUAUGAGGUGGAUAGAAACAAUUGAACCAAAUCUUCAUGAUCCAAAACUAGUAGCAGACCUCUACUUAUAUUUGUCGUCCAAGUAUUUAAAUAAAAAUGGGAGAGCUUACGACUUAAAGCGAAUCCGCAUGGGUAAAAUGGUAUACUGGAUAAUACAUGAUAAACAAUAUUGCAAUUUUGUAAGUGUCAUCACAUACCUUUUAUCUUUUAUGGACGUGAUCAAAUCUGAAGACAAAGGAGUCCAAAAUGUAAACAUUGAAGAGCUUUUGAUAUACCUCACCGAUCUCAUCACGGAAAGCAAAAUGAAGGCAGAGCAUAUAAAAUUUUUCGCAUACUUUCUAUCACGACCGAAUACAUCUUUAACACCCUACCACAGAUUACGAGUUUGCUUUCUCCAUGCCUGCUUUAAAGAAGAGAUCGCGCAAAUAAAACAUUUGGGAACUUUGGAUCAUCUGACAACGAGCUUUAUAAAAAUUAGCGAAUACUUCAUACAAGUGGAUAAUCAACUGGCGAGUAAACUAACGGAAGAAUACCUCAUUCCAUACACGUUGCAGCCCUAUUACGCAGAUUUAAUAAAUAACAUUUUAAAAUACAUGGGUUUGUUAAAGGCCGAAAAAGAUAUCCCUAUUGCUGAUGAUGUGACGUCAUCAUUAGUUCUCUUAAAAAUUCUCCUAAAUCGACUGAACUUUCCAAAAGACGAUAUUGCAACUCUUAGAUCAUUAUUAAAAAAAGACGACAUUAAGUUUCAAUUUUGCAGAAGAGGACAACAAGAACUUAUAUCUGAACUGUAAUUUUGUUAGUCGCAAACAAAGCUAUUUAUGCAGUUCUUAUGUUUCUUAUGAUAUAGUAUAAUACCUUUCUCCUUUUUUUGCAUGGAAUGUAAUUCUCUGAAAAAUGCUUAGAACAAAGACGAGAUUAUUUCUACAGAUAGACUGGUUUGCAAAUGAAAUGGCAACAAGUAUAUCAGCUUUAAGCGAAACAUGGAAGUAUUUUUUAUACCGAAAUUUUUAAUAGUAAAUUUAUGGAAAUUUAUUAUUUUUUGCUGCAAUUGACGUCUGCAAAAAAUAUGCUUGCUUUAUUUGAAUAUAUUUUUUACUGAACUCGAAGAUAA